CGAUGCACAAAACCACUCACUAUUCUGUCAGAAGAAGUAUGGUAGUCAAGAUGGACGCUGAGCUGUUGUUGUUUUUGGUUUCUGAGAACAAGGAACUGUUUGAUAAGAACCACAGCGAGUACAAAAACACGAAACGGAAAGAAGCGCUCUGGCAAGGAAUAGCAGACAAAAUGGGAGUCGACGUGGAAGAGGUGAAAGCUAAAUGGAAAAACCUCAGAGACACAUACACCAGGAAAAAGCGAUUGGAGCAGGACGGCAGUCGGAGUGGACGAGCAGCUAAGAAAAAGAAGCAAUGGAAAUAUAUGAGAGUGAUGGACUUUCUAGAUCCCGCCACAGAACACAGAAGUGUUAUUCUGGACAGCAAAAUCGAGGAUGACGAGCCAGAUGAAGACAGCGGAGCGGAACCAGCCAGCACCAGUACAGGGACGUCUGUGACCAGUCCAGAAGUGAUGAGGUCCAGCAUUGUGAAGCGGAGGAGAUCAGAGACACUUGAACUGUUGGAGAAAUAUCUGGCAACUAAAGAUGCAAAGGACAGAGAGAAAGACGAACAGCAGGACGAAGUCGAUUUAUUCCUACGGAGUUUAGCACCUGCAUUAAGACGCUUACCAGCUUCAAAACAAUCCUUGGUGAAGCUUCAGAUCCAAAAAAUACUUCAUGACGCAGAGUUCGGACAGCCCAGCUUUCCACAGAUAUCUUCAGUGUCACCAAGUAAUCAGUUGUUACUACAGUGUAGUGUUGUAAAACCCAGUUGAAAUGCUUUUUUUAUUCAGAAAAAUAAAUGUGACUUUAAAAGUUG